AUGUCUGCAGGCAACGGCACCCCUUCCGGGCCAGCGGUGGGGGAGGAAGCCUGGGCGGGAUCAGGAGUGCAGGUGGAGGGCUCAGAGCUGCCCACCUUCUCAGCUGCGGCCAAGGUCCGCGUAGGAGUGACCAUUGUGCUCUUUUUGUCUUCUGCUGGAGGGAACCUGGCCGUGCUGUGGUCAGUGACACGGCCGCAACCCAGCCACCUCCGUCCCUCUCCCGUCCGGCGACUCUUCGCGCACUUAGCCGCGGCGGACUUACUGGUCACUUUUGUGGUUAUGCCCUUAGAUGCUACCUGGAAUAUUACGGUUCAGUGGCUGGCUGGGGACAUUGCAUGUCGAACACUUAUGUUUUUGAAACUAAUGGCCAUGUAUGCUGCAGCUUUCCUGCCAGUGGUCAUCGGGCUCGACCGCCAGGCGGCAGUACUCAACCCACUUGGACCCCGCUCCGGUGGACGGAAACUUCUGGGGACCGCCUGGGGACUUAGUUUCCUGCUCGCCUUGCCCCAGCUGUUCCUGUUCCAUACUGUCCGUCGAGCUGGCCCAGUCCCUUUCACUCAGUGUGUCACCAAAGGCAGCUUCAAGGCUCAAUGGCAAGAGACCACCUAUAACCUCUUCACCUUCUGCUGCCUCUUUCUGCUUCCACUGACCGCCAUGGCCAUCUGCUAUAGCCGAAUUGUCCUCAGUGUGUCUGGUCCCCAGCCCAGCAAGAGGAGCCGUGCCCCUGCCGGUGAAUUUAACCUCCGCCGCUCCUUAGACACUCGGCCCCGAGUCCGUCUUCGGGCCAUGCGACUGGCCCUCCUUAUCUUGCUGACCUUCGUGCUCUGCUGGACACCGUACUACCUACUAGGUCUGUGGUACUGGUUCUCCCCCACCAUGCUAAGUGAAGUGCCUCCCAGCCUCAGCCACAUCCUUUUCCUCUUUGGCCUCCUCAAUGCGCCUCUGGAUCCUCUACUCUAUGGGGCUUACACCCUUGGCUGCCGAAGAGGACACCAAGAACCUAGUCUAGAUGGCUCUAGUCAAGGAGGGCCUUGGAGGAUGUCCGGACAGGACACUCAAGCCCCUAGGCAGCUGGGAAUAACAACGAAAGUAUCAUCUAGAGAAGGAGAACAAAGAGAGACAUUCCUAUAACAUCCACUUACAAAACACUAUGACUAUUCAGAC